AUGGGCCAGAUUGGUGAGAAGGGAAGGAGAAUCAGGGAGUUGACAUCUCUUGUGGAGAAGAGAUUCAGGUUUCCUCAAGACAGUGUUGAGCUUUACGUUGAGAAGGUUGCCAACAGAGGUCUCUGUGCCAUUGCUCAGGCUGAGUCUCUCCGUUACAAGCUCCUCGGUGGACUUGCUGUUUGCAGACUUAAUCAACCAAAAAAGGUAAUUGACGUGAAGCUUCGAAAAGAGGAAGCAAGAGGAAAUAAAGGCAGUAAACAGAAUGAGUCAAAACAAAUAUCUAGAAAAUCCAAAGUUGUGUCUGCUUCAGAUGCCAGUGCCGAGUUACCAGCAUCAAUACAAAAACGUCAAGGGGAGAAUAACCAGACAAACAUGAGUGAAAAGUUCAAUCCUAAUGAAGAUGCAGCAAUGAAGAGUGUUAUGAUGAGGGGUUUGAAUCGGUCUCCUCCUCUAAGUAAAGAACUGAUGAUGCAAUGGUCUUUUUUUCAACGUGAAUCCCCCCAGUUGACAAAGUUCUCAGACUCGGUAGCUGCUAGAGAUGCAUCAGAUUUUUCUAUAGCGAAUUAA